AUGUUUGGCCCAGGACAGCUGGUAUCUACUCUCCUGCCUGCAGUUUUCCACUCACCUGCAGCUCACUUUUUCCCUGCGUUCCCAACCAGACUGGGCUCUCCGCCUCAUAUUCUGAUCCCGGGGCCCUUCAUCAGCUAUGAAUCCUUGAGGAAUUUUCUGCAGCCAGAGCCAUGCAAGGAAGCUUUUCUCCUGGCCACACACACGGUGGGGAUAGGGCCACUCACAGAGGGCAUAGAUGAACAGAGGCCAGUGAAGCAGCGUCGCGCACGGGCCAACUACAGCAGCUGGCAGCUGGAGGAGCUGGAGAAGGCCUUCGAGACCACCCACUACCCAGACAUCUUCAUGAGGGAGGCCCUGGCCCUCAGACUGGACCUCAUCGAGGCCAGAGUACAGGUUUGGUUUCAAAACCGCCGUGCCAAGAUGAGGCGGCAGCUGAAGCUCCAGGGCCAGCUCGCAGGGCCGUAUGUAAAAAGAGACAACGAUGACAUGUCUGAGAAAGCCAGCAGGAGUUUGAAACAGCAGACAGAAAGCUCUGACGGCGAGCACUGGGAGAGACAUCAGGAAGGAGAACACUAUCCAUGGACAAAAGCUGCGAGUGCUGCGCUGAGUGUGCGCACGCAGCCUGUGACCCAGAGGUCGGGGAAGUGGGAGAGGCUGGAGGGGCCGGAGGGGCCGGAGGGGCCGAGCUCAGACGAGCUCCGCUCCUGCAGCAUCGCCAAGCUGAGGGCCAAAGCCAGAGAGCACGAGGCCGAGAUCCACAGCACUGUAAACAUGUCAGGAGGCGACUGCACAGUCUCAAACACAGGAAGACGACGCCAUGCACGAUGA